GGCCCCCCGGACGAUGGCCGGCCCCGAGCCGCGCGUCCGCUACUUGGCGGCUUUCCGCUGCCCCCUCGGGGGCCUGGCGGCGGGCAAGCCCCGCGUCCUGUGCCACGAGGCGGAGAUUUUCGUGUCCACCGGGAGCGAGUUCGUCUACGUAUAUGACCAGGAAGGCGGGCUGCUGACCGUCGUCUUCCAGCUGCCGGCUCGCGUGUGGCACCUGGAGCUCGUGGCGCCGCGCAGGGCGCUGUACGCGCUGUGCGCCCGCGAGGGCGUGUACUGCCUGUCGCUGGAGCGCCCGGGCAGAUCGGGCAGCCAGGACGACCCGGCUGGCGAGCACGGUGGGGAUGCUGAGCUCCCCUCCCCGGUCAUCCCUGUGGGCCCGGAGGCCUGUGUGCUCCCGGGCGAGAGGCUGCGCGCCUUCGCGGUGCUGGACGAGGUGCUGGUGGCCCUGGAGCAGGGCCCUGCCGGGUGGACGCUGCAAGCCUUCCAGCGCCCCUGCCCGGGGCAGGAGCUGCAGCGGGACGCCUGCAUUGGGGAAGUGGUACUGUCACCCUGCACACCCCCAGUCCUUGCUGGGGAGCCCGAGGAGCCCCAGUUCCUGCCGGUGUUGUGUUGGGCGUGCCUGCCAGGCCGUGGGGCCUGUGGGCAUCUGGUGUUGGCCGAGGCCCUCUUCGGGCUGCUCUUCGGGGCCGACGCCACCCUCCUCGAGUCCCCCGUGGUCCUCUGCGGCCUCCCUGAUGGCCAGCUCUGUGGGGUGGUCCUCAGGGCUCUGGUCACCUCCCGCUCGGCCCCCGGGGACCCGAAGGCCCUGGUCAAGGUCCUCCAUCACCUCGAGGAGCCUGUCAUCUUCCUGGGGGCCCUGAGGACUGAGGAGCAGGCCCUGGACAUCACAGGGGACACACUGGCUCCAGGAGACGCACCUGCUGACUGCCUGGUGGCCCUUGGCCACCACGGUCGAACUCUAGCCAUCCGGGCCAGCUGGAAUGAGGCAGGGGGCCUGGUGCCUGAGCUGCGGGAGUACUGCCUGCCAGGGCCCGCACUGUGUGCUGCCAGCAGGAGGCAGAGCCGCCUGUACUACAGCACGCCCACUGAGCUCUGCAAGGUGGACCUGACUGGGAACGCCAGUGCCCGCGUGGACCCCGCAUGGCCUGAGGGAGGCCUGCCCCCGCUGCUGUGCCCAGCCGGCCUGAGCAUCUGCAGCGCUGUGGCACUCUCCGUGUUGCCCACGAGCCCCGGAGGUGGCACCAAACUCCUGGGCCUGUCCACCAAGGGCCGCCUGAUGGCCUGCAGCCUGGCCCUGGACACCAAGGAGGCUGGCCCAGCCCGAGUGGCCAGGGCGGAUAUGGGUCGGAGGAUAAAGGAACUGCUGUGUGGGAUCGGCAGUGUGUCCGAGCGAGUGUCGUUGUUGAAAAAAGCGCUGGAUCAGCGGAACAAAGCCCUGGCUAGCCUGCAUGAGGCCAUGGAUGUGAGCUGUGCCCUGCUCUCGGGCCCCGAGGGUGCCCGGCCCAUCUCCUGCACCAUCACAACCGGCUGGAGCCGUCUGCACCUACAGGACAUGCUGACAGCCACCUGCCAGCUAUACAAUAGCAGCCACUUCCACCUGGACCAGGGCUGGACCCUGUGCGUGCAGGUGUUCAGUUGCUCCUCAGCCCUGGCCCUGGACUCGGUCAGCUCAGCCAUCACCUACACCGUCCCCAUUCCCCAGCUUGGCCCCAGCGGGCGGCGAGAGGUGAUGCUGCCGCUGGGCCCCAACGAGAGCGGGGAGCUGGACCUGCCAAUGACCGUGUCCUGUGCGCUCUUCUAUAGCCUGCGGGAGGUUCUGGGUGAGGCCCUGGCCUCAGAGGAUGCCCUGGAAGAGCCCUGUCCGGCCGCGGGGCCCCUGGCAGUGCUGCGUGAGCAGGGUGGCGUCUGCCUGCCGCUGAGUAGACACAUGGUGGACAUGCUGCAGUGUCUGCGCUUCCCCGGCCUGCCUGCCGCCCCCAGCCUGCUCGGCCCGGGCCCUGACCCCGUGGACACCUUCCUGGAGUCCUGCCAGAGGGCUGCCAAGCUGGCCGGCCCUGCUUCCCUGCGUGCCAAGUACCUGCCCCCAUCGGUGGCCUCCAUCAAGGUGUCAGCCGAACUGCUCAGGACCGCCCUGCAGGCUGGGGGUGUAGGUGGCUCGUUGAGUUGUGCCACACUGCGGUGGCUGCUGGCUGAGAACCCUGCCGCAGAUGCUGUAAGGGCCCAGGCACUGUCCUCGAUCCGAGGAGUGGCCCCCGACGGCACAGAUGUCCACCUCAUCGUCCGUGAGGUGGCCCUGACAGACCUGAGCCCAGCGGGGCCCAUCGAGGCUGUGGAAAUCCAGGUGGAGUGCUCCUCCCUGGCCAGCUUGUGCCGGACCCACCAUGCCAUCACCGGGCGCAUGCAGGCAAUGGUCAUGGAGCAGGCUACCCAGGGCUCCAACCCCCCCGAGCUCCGUGUGCAGUACCUCCGACAGAUCCACGCCAACCAUGAGAUGCUGCUACGGGAGGUGCAGGCCCUGCGUGACCAGCUGUGCACGGAGGACGAGACUGGUGCCUGUGCAGCGGCUCAGCGGCUCCUGGAGGUGUACGGACAGCUGCGUAACCCCAGCCUCGUGCUGCUCUGAGCUGCCUGCUGGCCCACAG